AUGGCUUCCGAGCUGCCCAGCUCGACGUGGCACCCGGCACUAAUGCCCAACAGCAUUGAUGUUGCCGCGGCCGCCAUUCACGACUCGGACGCCCCGACCGAGCCUGCCACAGGAUCCGUACCCGAGAGCACGCAAGAACCGACCGCGUCACGUGGCGCCCCCGACCCUGAAAAUGGGCAGGAUCCGGCCGACGCGUGGUUUGCCAACGACGGCGACGAUGAGGACGGUGACGCUUGGCUGGCGUCGGACGAUGUCGAGCCACAGACUGAAGCCGCGCCAGCAGCGCCAGUCGCGGCGCCGGAACACGCAGAAGAGACACAAGAUGGCGGCGACGCCUGGCUCACAAAUGACGAUGACCACGGUGGCGAUGCCUGGUUGGUGUCAGACGAUGCGAAACCACACGACGCCGCGGAUCAGGAAGCCGAUGCUGCUCCGCCACCUGCAGAGCCUGCCUGGGUGCCGGCGGCGAAACACUCCAGCUCCAUGUCGUUCGCGCGGACCGUGUCCCACGAUAUCAACUUCAAUGAUGACGACGGCACCGAGUUCAGCCCAACACGAUCCGAGGUAGACACGUUCAGCUUCAUGCCUCUGUCGGACCGAACCAACUCGUUUCCUGUGGUGCCUCCCAUGACCACCACCUCAAAUGAACCCAACGGCCAGCCCCUUCCGGCGACACAGGCGCUGGAUCUCCUGGAGGAAACCGAGCGCGAAGCCGAAUUCGAUGAGCAGCAAUACCUCGCAGGCAAUACAACGGAAGAGCCGGAUCCCCUGGACAAGGCAGACUCCGGUCGUUCAAAGCACGCUGCAUCCCGAUCCAUUGGGGGUGAGAUACAGGAACCCGAUGCGACCGAGGCUCGCUAUGAAGAGGGGCUUCCGUUGAUUUCGCAAGUCGAGGGAGGACAUGACGAACCACAAGGCCUUGGCCAGCGAGCCUUCACCGACCCUUUCGCUGAUGACGAUGGGAACGACGACGGCUUCUUUUCGCAACCCCAGACAGCGGAUACGCAGCCGGAUGACCAUGCGGACAAGAUCCACCCUAUCGAGCGCAAGUCUACCAUGCAGGUUUUGGGGUCGCUGGACCAUGAACCCUUGUCACGACAGAGCACGCUGGAGGAAACGCUGGAGGAGCACCAGGAAACCACGGGAGAGCAGGCCGGUGACGAGGUGCAGCCUGCGGCCGAAGAUCUGGCAUCCAAGUGGCAAGAGGCCUUUGCUAGUGACGACGACGAGGGCGACUUUCUCUUGGAAGACUCAGCGACGGAGACCAAGGACAUCGACGCGACCGCGUUCCUCGGGAGCGAUGACGAGGGAUUCCUCGACGACGAGAACGACGAUGUCGCGCCAGACACCCGACCGGUGACGGUCGCCACUUCACAGUCGCUCGCAUCAAACCCCUAUGCCCCUGCUGCAGUCCCUCCGCAGCCGACGCCGGCAGCGUACACACCGAUGGCUGCUGCUCCAACGCAGGGUUUCCCAUACCAGCAGGCCGCGCCAACUCCGUUCGGCCAACCUGCGCCCCCGCGGCCAGAACUCACAAAGGCUCAAAGCUUUGCGGACAAAGCCAAGGGUGGCUACGCGUCCCCAUAUGACCUGCCGACGGACCUUGUGAACACAACGAUCAAGCCAAGGAAACGGGCGAGCAUGCAGCAGCUUCCCAAGGAACUACCCCCGGCACCGCCCAGGAGCGCCAGCAUGACAUCCCCGAACCGACCACCCUCUGCUGGCCCGCCGUCUGCCGCCGCGGCGCCUCCAGGCCCGCCUCUGAACCAGAAGGCCUCGGCUCCGGCUCUCCGGAGCCAGAGCGGCUUUUUCGAGGACCUUCCCGUGCAAGCGAAGCCCCGGCCGGGUUCACGACAGAGCAAUCGGGCACCAUCACCUAGCCCAUACACACCGACCGGCCAGCAAUCUGCCCCUUUCCCGCCCUCCGUCAGCUCAGCCCCUCCCCCGACGGGCGCACCUCUACCACAACAAUCCCCGCAUACACAAUCCCCGCAUACACCUGGCAUCACGAAUCUGGUCGCCCCCGAGAGGGUCAGCCCUUAUGCAGCACUCCAAUCCGCUCCGCCGAUGCCGCCGCCUUCUACUGGCGCCACGAGGUACUCCCCGGCUCCCGCCCACCAGCCAAACUCUCAAAGCGCUCCGCCCCCGGCCGCCGCUUCUCGCUAUUCACCAGCGCCCGCUCCCCGUGCCGGCGGCUCAUACAGCCCUUCUGGGCCGGCCACUCCGUCGCAAGGCGCCCACCCGCACCUACCAAGGACGUCCAGUCCCUUGGCUCACUUCGAUUCCAGCGUCGACAAGAUGCACAGCGCUGCUCAUGGCCCGAACGGUGACGUACAUCACGUCGACCGUCGAUCCAGUUCCUCGUUCGAGCCCCGACUCAGCCGAGUCUCUUCACUCCCACCUACUCGCGAAGUCGACGAAGAGGACGAGGAAGAUGCUGUGCCCGCCAACAGGUCCUUCAGCGCCAGCCACCCCGUACCUCCUGUCGCGCACGCGGAAUCCAAGUACAGUCCCGCCGCUCCGCCAGCCGCUCGUCACACUCCCCCCUUGCCCUCCGCCCACCAUGCACCGGCUACGUUCUCCCCGCCGAAGCGGACAGUCUCAAAUUAUAUGCCCCACGCAGCCUCAGCGCCGCAGCUUGGCAUGGCGCCGCCUGCACGUGCAUCGACCCAGUCUCCGACUGCGGUGCAUCGGCAGUACAAGCCUGCUGAAGCGGUACCACGGCCUUCGUCCUCUCACUCGUCAGGAGUCCCAUCCAUGACGAAGGCAACACCCGCCGCUCAUGUUCCCGCGAGGGCACGCGGCCAGUCGUUGACGAUGAACAUGGUCGCCCCAACAGACGGGCGAGAACAAGAUCCCUUGGGGCGGUGGAAGGGUGUUCCUCUCGUUGCCUGGGGUGUGGGCGGGACAGUUGUCACAAGCUUUCCUCAGAGCGUCCCACGGUACAGCAUGAACCAGACGGCGCCAACCAUUGUGCGAACGGCCGGCGAGGUCAAGGUGCGACAUAUUAAAGAUAUCGAGCCACUGCAAGACCGCCUGGCGAAAUUUCCUGGUCCGUUGAGAGGCAAGUCGAAGAAGAAGGAGGCCCUUGCCUGGUUGGCGGCAGGAAUCGACGCGCAGGAAAAGGAGCUGCCAGACAUCUCGUUCCACGCUCACCUCUCACUCGAAGCCAAACGAGGCGUCGAGCGACUGCUUUUGUGGAAACUGCUUCGCGUUUUCGUGGAACAUGACGGCGCGCUCGAGGGCACUCCUGCUGUGGAAAAGGCUGUUAGGGACAUCCUUUCUCCAGGCACGGCGACUCCCACUGCCGACAACGAUGCGUUGUUCCCUACUGCCGCCUCCUUGGGAGCGCAAGGUGGACCGGUAUCCUCCAUGCAGGCUGAUGGUGCUGAUCCUGCAGCGAUGGAACAGAUACGCCUGAACCUCCUCAAAGGCGAUCGCGAGACAGCCGUGUGGUCGGCUGUGGAUAAGCGACUUUGGGGUCACGCCAUGCUGAUCUCUCAGACCGUUUCGCCCGACCUGUACAAGCAAGUCGCCCAGGAAUUCGUGCGCAAGGAAGUCAAUCACCCAGGCCACAGCAACGAAUCCCUCGGAGCCCUCUACAAGGUGCUUUCUGGCAAUUACGACGACUGCGUAGACGAACUUGUGCCGUCACAUGCCCGCGCUGGCUUGCAGUUGAUGACAACGGAGAGCACUUCGGGUCCGGCGCGGGAUGCGGUUGAUGGCUUGGACAAGUGGCGCGAGACGGUCACACUCAUUCUGAGCAAUCGCAGUACAGAUGACGUUCGUGGCCUGAACGCGCUCGGAAAACUCUUGUCUAGCUACGGCAGGGCGGAAGCUGCGCAUAUUUGCUUCAUCUUCAGCCGCAGCCUGUCCGUGUUUGGUGGCCUCGACGAUGCCAACGUGGACUUUGUGCUGCUGGGCUCCGAUCACAGACGGCAGUCUGACCAGUUCGCCAAGGAGACAGAGGCUUUGCAACUCAGCGAGGUCUACGAAUACGGGCUUUCGUUGGGCCACAGUGUCGCAGCCGCCGCCGGUGCGCCUCAUCUCGCCGCGUACAAGCUGCAGUACGCCAUUACUCUGGCGGAAUACGGCUACCGUGACAAGGCACUACAGUACUGCGAUGCGAUUGCUGCCGCAAUGGUUUCACAGACGAAGAGGUCGCCGCAUUACCAUGUUGUCCUGGAGGCUGCCGUCGAGGACUUCAUGACUAGGCUCAAGCAGGCUCCCAAGGAGAUGUCUUCGUCGUGGAUAUCCAAGCCCAGCAUGAACAAGGUCUCCGAUAGCAUGUGGAACCGGUUCAACAAGUUUGUGGCCGGAGACGACGCCGAUGGUAAUGGCAACGGUACGGGAGAGGCCGAGAACGGGCCUUUUGCACGCAUCGCCUCCUCGCCGAACAUAAGCAGGUCGCCCUCCGUGUCCAACUUUGAGGUGUACGGAGUCGCCUCGCCGGGAUAUGCUCCGAACGCUGCUCCUCACGUACCGGCCCCUUUAGCUUCCGCGACGACUUCCCGGUACGCACCGGCUCCGACUCAACCAGCUGGAUCGGCAAACCCGUACGCCCCAUCACACUAUCCUGCAGGCCCUACGUCGUCGGGUCGCAACUCCAAUGAGUACUCGCACAACCCCUACGAGCCCGCUCAUCCCGAAGCCAGUGCUUCAGCCGCCCCGGUCGGCAACGGCUACGCUCCCACGGGCUACGCUCCGGCCGCACCUGUCUACCAACCAGUCUCGGCAGAGCCCGCACCUAUACCUUCGGUGGCCAGUCAUGAGCCCGCUGCCCCUCAGCAGCUCGCACCCAGCGGCUACCAGCCGUACGGCCUGCAAGAAUCGCCGAGCAUCUAUCCCAGCGCUACGUCUAACGGCGAACCGGCGAACCCUCAGAGUCAGGGAUACCAGCCCCAGACCUACAGUUACGAGCCGCCAUCCACGGCUCCCGUGGCUGAUGCGGAUAACCACGAACAGGCGAUAGACAGCGGCCACGGAGGGUAUGAGCCGCCAUCGUUCCAGCCGUAUGGCUACGAGCCGCCAUCUUAUCAACCUGAUGCCGAAGGCGAGGAUGAUACCUCGAAACCCAAGAAGAAGGGCGUUAUGUAUGACGAUGACGACGACAUUCCCGCGGUGAAGUCCCAGGAGAAGUCAAAGGCCGACAAGGACAGGGAGAACGAGGAAAUGUUCCGGAAGGCCGCCGAAGAAGAUGCCAAGCGUGCUGCCUCGCAACAGGCGGCUAAAAAGGGCUGGGGCUUCUCCAACUGGUUUGGUGGCAGCAAGAAGGAGGAGGGCAACAUUGGAGAAGCGUCCCCUGGCAAGCCGAUCCGCGCCAAGCUCGGCGAGGCGAGCAGCUUUGUCUACGACCCCGAGCUGAAGCGCUGGAUCAACAAGAAAUCUGGUGCAGAGAACACGGAGGCCAAGAAGGCCACGCCGCCACCGCCGAGGGCGAUGCCUCGAUCUGUGAGCGGCACGCCAAUGCCCACCGAGGUGACGCCUCCGCCUCCGGGCGGCCGAUCGAGCGUCCCUCCUCCCUCGGGGCCUCCCCGGCCGGCAUCAAGCCUCGCGCCACAGGCUUCCACGGAGAGCCUCACCACUCCUCCGACCCUGAACCACUCGGUAUCGAACCCCAACCUCGGUUCGGGGCCGCCGAGCGCGCCGCCUAGUAGGCCGACGACUAGCAUGAGCAACGCCAGCAGUAUCGACGACUUGCUCGGCGCCGCGGGCCCGCGCAAGGGCGGGGCCAAGAAGACGAGGAAGGCCGGGCGUUAUGUUGAUGUCAUGGCGAAAUGA